UACAAGGUUUGGGUGACAAUUCAGACCUUCGAAAAUGCCGAUAUUGUUGUUAAUAUUGCUCAUAACAACACUUGGUAUCGACUCUGCAUGUGGAACAUGUGUGGCGGACAGUGACUGGAGUGUGGGAGAGUGGGGAGAAUGCAGUAGAUCAUGUGGUGGAGGGUACCAAACCAGGAACAGAACACGUUGUUGUCAUGACAACGAGUCUACGGAAACAUGUCUGGAACGAUGUCAGAGCAGGUCCGUUGGCGAUGUCCCCGAAACCUACAGAACGUGCAACAAGUUUUGCUUCAAUGGAGGGAAGUUUGAUGAAAACACAGGUCUGUGUAGGUGCAGACAGGGAUGGACAAGUGUAUGCUGCCAAGAAGUUUCUACGUCCUAUAAGUUCGAUUGCAGCAUCACCACAAGCAAAACAUACCAGGACGUACCACCUCAGGCAGCAGAUGGGCCAGAAACUACGUCUCUCAGCAGAGUCUAUGUUGUGAAAGCACAGAUGCCAAAUGAACCUUUCACCAAGGAAAGCUUUCAUCCACUGAACAUAAAUAUGGUUAUCAGAUUAUGCUCACAUAACAUCCAGAGCAUAAAUGGGUGCACGAUCGACCAAACAUCAACAUCUCUGAACUUACUUCAUAAUGGCACGGUAAUCUACAACGAAAGGUAUCUUGGAGAUGUGAGCCAUGUCUUCCUCGAGAUCUCCCAGGGUGACAGAAUAGUAGAGUAUGACUGGAUCCCAGAAUUUCUCGAUGUAAAUGAUCAGGAUACACACUUUUACUGCUCAAGGGACUUUUCACAUAGUCAGCAUUCUGACCUUGGGCGACACCGACGAUGGGCCAAUCGACGUUUAAAGAUUGUUAUACGGACAAGUGGAAGUCUCUCCUCGGGUACUGAUGCCACCGUCACCAUGAAAAUUAACGGCGAGAAAGCCAGCUCUCGAAAUAUGGAUAUGGACGGACACUUUGAGAGAAGAGAUGUUGAUACCAGUAUGCGUAGUAUCAAUGAGAUAGGGAAAAUACAGAGUAUAAGGAUUUGGCAUAACAACCAGGGAAGUGGCCCUGGGUGGAAGUUAGACUGGGUGCACAUUUAUGAAUUAUCUGAACCGGAUGUAAUAUAUGAAUUCGGAUGUAACUGCUGGUUAGACGGCGGUCGCAAUGGUAAAGACCUCAGGCAUAGAACAGAUUGUCCGAAUAUAGCCAACUGUGUAACACAGCGUUGUCGAACCUGUACAACAUGCCAGUCACGGUCGAAGGAUUAUUUCUUUAGAUUAUCUACAGACGGAGAAACAUGCGACAGAUGUCCUGUCAUACCAAACUGUCAGACACAGCCUUGCUUGACAUGUGACGCUUGCAAUCCACCCACAAAAAACAACGUCAUCUUCAAACUAACUGGAGGGAACACAACAUGCGAACGUUCUUGUCAGGAUAUGGGAAGUACAGCUGAAAUGUCCCUACAGUGGCUUAGUCCAGACAAGGAGAGAUGUGACUUGACCUGCUCAUACGUGGACAACAGGUGGUGUUGGCCUGGCAACUGUUCCAGUGGUCUGAUGACAUCCUGCUCGUGUGAAAGUGGAUUCAGGAAGUCAGGGAACUCCACCUGUGACAUUACCACAAAGGCGGAUUUGCUCACUUGCAACAUUGGAAUAGAAGACCACAGACACGAGGUCAGGAACAGCACCAGUAUUGGCAACACCACAAGCUGUUAUUCACAGACAGACAUAUAUAUCAACAUACAACCUGAGUCUAUGUCCUUUAAAAUAACUUCUGAGUGCCAAAAGAAAAUAUUAUCAACUCCGCCUGUGUAUAUCAACAGGACCUAUAUCGGCAUCGUGGACAGUAGCCUCACAGUUACAAGACAAGACAUCUCAGGUGCAGAACACAUUUUGUCUUCCACCCCGUUGAGGGGAGGUGGCAACUGCAACAAAACACUCUCGUCGUCCACACCUUCACCAAGUCUGUCCUGUGACAGAGUACUGAUUGGUUCAUCCUCCCUGCAAAAUGGAGAAUGGUUAUGUGGUCGAAUUAAGGUCUUUUCUGGGGGUUCAUUCGAUUACCAAAACUUCCAUAGAGACAUCAUUGGGAACGAAAGGUUUACCCCCCUCUCCGAAAGCAAGACCAUCUGCUUCAGAUACGACAACGCUGCCCCAGUUCACUGUACAACAGAUUCAAGAUUCCCAUGUUCCUCUGCCACCCCCAUGCGUUUAUCCACCAGAACCACCAGAUCCCCCAACAUCACUGUUGAGGUGUCGGGUUGGAUUGAUCCGUACCCACUGCGAGGGUCCCCAGAAAAAGCCUCGGGGGGUGAAGUACUAUCAGUUCCAUGUGUAUGGUGUGAAGCACUUAGAUCUGAAUACACUGGAUGUCGACUAUGCCAACAAUAUAUCUCAUUCAAGCCACCUAACGGGCAGCAGUGUGAACAUCACAGUCUCACUCCCAUCAGAGCCUGCCAUGUAUGUUACAUAUGUGGAAGUCCACGAUGUUGCUGGAAAUGUCGGGUAUAGUCGGCGUUUUUUGUUGUACGAUAAUUCAUCUGAACUUGAGGUUAGGACAACGAAAGCACUGAGGGUAAUAUCUGCAUCAAAGGACACUAGUUAUACUUGGCAAAUCCACCAUGGGGACAUUCAGUUAGACUGGAACGAACGCUAUCAUAAUGAACAUUACAUAAACAAUAACUAUUUUUGCCAUGUAAAGGAAGACACAGACAAUGGUAUAUCAGGUGUAUAUGAUCAAGUAACGGGCA